GGUCUGGCGUUACAUUUGCCUUUUUACCAAAGUUGUACAUUCGGAGCCGUGCCAUCCAACGUGGCGAUCCCCCAGCCAACCCAAGAGCGGGGUAAAAAUACUGCAGUGGAUCUGAACGACUGGAUUUUUAGCUGAAUCGAUAACACAGAGGCUGCCAGUCGAAGAUUAACGGUUUAAAAAAAAAUAAAAAAACUACUACAAGGCAGCUCCCCCUGAAACGGGCUGCAAGAUGGAGAAGCCGCCGUUGCCCAAUGAUGAGGAUGGUAGUGUAUUGACUGAGAGUCGAUCAGACACGGCUCUGGUGGCGGCAGAUGAAGAAGGGUCUGCGGGUGCUGAUGGGCCAGAGGACGACAGGCCAGCGUGGGACAGUAAGCUGCAGUAUGUGCUCGCUCAGGUGGGCUUUAGUGUUGGCCUGGGCAAUGUCUGGAGGUUCCCCUAUCUCUGCCACCAAAAUGGAGGAGGUGCCUUUAUGUUACUGUAUGUGAUGCUGUUGCUCAUUAUCGGGGUUCCUCUGUUCUUCAUGGAGCUGGCCGCUGGGCAGAGCAUCCGUCAGGGCAGCAUCGGGGUCUGGAAGCACAUCUCACCUCGCCUCGCCGGCAUCGGUUACUCCAGCUGCAUGGUUUGUUUCUUCGUGGCCCUGUACUAUAAUGUGAUCAUUGCCUGGUCUCUGUUCUAUAUGGGGAAUUCAUUCCAGUAUCCAUUGCCAUGGGAACAGUGUCCUGUAGAUAUGAUCUCAAACCAGACAGUGAAGGAAUGUGCGUCAAGCUCUCCUACCUCAUAUUUCUGGUUCAGAAAGGCUCUGGAUAUCUCAGACUCCAUAGAUCAGUCAGGAGAGUUUAACCCCAUCAUGACCGGUUGCCUGCUUGCAGCCUGGGCUUUAGUGUGUCUCGCAAUGAUCAAGGGCAUCAAGUCUUCUGCUAAGGUGAUGUAUUUCUCCUCUGUGUUCCCUUACGCUGUGUUGAUCUGUUUUCUAAUCAGAGGGGUCAUGUUGGACGGCGCUGUAGAGGGCAUCAAAUAUAUGUUUUAUCCUAAGCUGGAGAUUUGGGGGGAAGUGCAGGUGUGGCGUCAGGCUGCUACACAGGUGUUCUUCGCACUGGGUCUGGGUUACGGCUCUGUGAUCGCUUACUCGUCCUACAAUCCUGUGCAUAACAACUGCCACCGGGACGCCAUCAUGGUCUCAGGCAUCAACUUCAUGACCUCAGUAUUGGCCUCUCUGGUUGUCUUUGUGGUCCUCGGUUUCAGAGCUAAGAACAUUGCUUUGGGUUGUGUUGCAGCUAAUGUGGCCAGGAUGGCAGGAAUGGCUACAACAGGUUCGUCGGAGCAUUGGUGGCCAUGGUUCAACAUUUCAGACCCCGAAUCAGUGACUCUUCAAGACUACAGAGAAUGGUACAGCCACUAUGGAAGCCUGCUAGGGUCAAACAUCACUGACUGUGACCUGGAAAGAGAAAUGAGCAAGGGUGUGGAGGGCACGGGUUUGGCGUUCAUAGCAUUUACAGAGGCGAUGGCAUUGUUUCCAGCAAGUCCAUUUUGGUCGACUUUGUUCUUCCUCAUGCUGCUGAAUUUAGGCCUCUCCACCAUGUUUGGCACCAUGCAGGGGAUUCUUACCCCACUCAUGGACAACUUCCGAGUGCUCGGGCGCCACAAGACCAUGUUGACGGUGUGUAGCUGUAUCCUGGGCUUCUUCAUUGGCCUGCUGUUCACUCAGAGAAGUGGCAACUAUUUUGUGACCAUGUUUGAUGACUAUUCUGCCACACUGCCACUGAUCAUCGUUGUGGUUUUUGAAACCUUCAGCGUGGCGUGGAUUUACGGUGCUGAUCGUUUCUUGGAUGAUGUGGAGGUGAUGCUGCACUGGCGCCCUCCGGUGAUUUAUCGCUAUUUGUGGAAGUAUGUGUGUCUGCUCGGCAUGGUGGGACUGCUGGCUGCUAGUCUUCUCCGCAUGGUCUUCAAACGGCCCACUUACACAGCUUGGAACCACACCACGGUAUUAUACACUCUCAAAUGAGAUGGAC